GAGAUAUAUAUACAAAGAUAACAAUAACAUGUCACUGAUCAAACCCAACAUGAUCAUCCUUUUCUUUUUCAUCAUCUUCUUGCUGAACUCCUCCUCUUCCUCCAACGCAGCCGUCCAAGACUUUUGCGUCGGAGACCUCACGGCGCCGGAGGGUCCUGCCGGAUACUCAUGCAAGAAAGCAUCCGUUGUCACUUCCAAUGACUUCUUUUACAAGGAUAUCUUCAAGUCCAAUCAAAAUUUCCCUCCUAUCAACCUAUCUCUGACAUAUUUAUUCAGCCAACAGUUCCCUGGCCUUAAUGGCCUGGGUAUCUCGCUGUUGUCCAUUCAGAUGGGACCUGGUGGUAUUGUCCCAGCGCACACUCACCCUAGGGCCAAUGAGGUUAUUGUUUGCAUUGAAGGGACCGUUUACGUUGGCUUCAUCUCAACUGACAACAAAGCUUAUACUAAAACUAUACAGGCAGGUGAUGUCUUUAUCUUCCCUCAAGGUUUGUUGCACUUCCAGUUGAACGUUGGGAAAGGACAAGCAAAGGUCCUGGCCUUCUUUGGUGGCUCAAGUCCAGGUAUCCAAACACUAGCGUUUUCACUAUUUGGGAAUGACUUGCCUUCAGACGUUGUGGGCAACGUAACCUUUUUAGAUAAUAAUGUUGUGAAGAAGCUCAAGGCCAGGUUUGGAGGAACAAACUAAGCUCGCUAGAUUGCGGGCCUAGGGUUUCUUUAUAUAUAUAUAUAUAUAUAAUAUAAUAUAAUAUAAUAUAAUAUAAUAAUGGUGCAUUACCGCACGCAAUGAAAGCAUGUAUGCAUGCUU